GCAGAACUCUACUUAAAGUCCUGCGUGCCUGCAGCUGCACUGACAGCUAAGGUGGCAAACCUCCUCCUUCCCACAACCUGCUCUGGAAACUGUUCUACAGCCAAUUGGGGGAACCCAGCCCGAGAACACGCCUUGCUGAAUGCACCGCGAAUAGAGAUGAAACCGCUGUAAGGAACUUAGAGAAGCGUUCUGUAAAAUUGGGACACUUUGUUAGAAGAUGGAGAACCCACUUCUUUUGUUCCCUCAACUGAACAUUUCUGCUUCGAAGGAUAAAUCCUAUUACAAAGUCAUGAAAUCAACAGUUAAAGAAGAGCCAAAUAAAGCAAGCAAGCCCGGAGCAAAGCAGAAGAGAAACAGACUGAGCCUUCUUCUGCAGAAAUCGGAAUUACACGAAGCUGAACAUCUUGGUAAACCGACAGACUUGACAAAAGCAUCAAGCAGUGUGUCUCCUGAAGAAGCAAUGAAAUGGGGCAAAUCUUUUGACAAACUGCUUUCCCAAAAAGAUGGAUUGGAUGCCUUCACAAGAUUUCUGAAAACGGAGUUCAGUGAGGAGAACAUUGAGUUCUGGAUAGCUUGUGAGGAUUACAAGAAGAGUAAAACUACAAACGAACUUUUCCCAAAAGCUAAGACCAUUUAUGAAACAUUCAUACGGAAAGAUGCUCCAAAAGAGGUGAAUUUGGACUUUAAAACCAAAGAAGUUACAAGUCAGAAUAUUGAGCAGCCCGUCAUUACCACCUUUGAUGCAGCACAAACCACAGUCUACAGGCUGAUGGAGCAAGACAGCUAUCCACGCUUCCUAAGAUCUGAUCUUUAUUCGAAUUUGGUUAAGGGGAGAAAUCCUGGUCGUCCCACUCUUAGGAGACGAUCACGGUCCUUCACUGUCAAUGAUUUCCAGGGUGUGCGACCAGACUAUACCAUCUGGCAAUAGGGAACUCAGCCCUCAUGAAUUCUAGCCACUGCAAGCAAAUUGUACAUGUGUUAUAAAUUACAAAUCCUUAGGUGGUGUAAAUAAGUGGCAAGCAAAGUUGCAUGCAUUCAUACCAGGUCAUAGUUUUGUUGCUAGUGAGUAAUCCCAUUUACUGUAGACAACCAGGCAACUUAUUGCUGAGAGAUGUCAUGUGAAGCUUUUGUACAUUAUUUUUUUGUAACUCAAGCAGGAGCUGUUAUCAUAUUAGAAAGAAGAACCUGAGUUUCUGACAAAAAUGUUGUCUAAAACGCUAUUUGAUAACACCCAUAAUGAAUUCUGAGCCUGUAUCAUAAGACAGUUUUGUCACAGUUUGAAUCUGUAUAGCUAACCUUUGCACAUGAUUUUUUUUUUUUUUUGUAGUAUUUCCUACACUAAGCAUGGAAUAUUUGUAGUACUUACUCAUACUGCAGAACACAUGGGAACAUUAGGUGAAAUGUAAAAAUUAUAUGGAUUUUAACUACAGCUACUGCAUAAUUAAAAUUUAGCUAUUGCAUAUUUCAAGAGGAUGAUAAGAAUGCCUAUUUAAUUUUUAUAGGGAUAUAUUAUAUAGUCUUCUUGUACAUCUUUUCUUUAUAUUUAAACUAUGCUGUAUAAAAUAGCUUUGCUAUCAAAUUUUUGUAUUCUCUCUCUUUUUUUCUUUUUUCUUUCCAACUGAAUGAGCAGCAGUCAAGGGCCAAGAAUGCCCUUUUAACACAACAUGUGUCAUUCAACAUCUGGUCAUGUGGAUGCAUAUGUCUGUCUAGAAGGAAGCAUGCUUUUCCCCCAUGCUAAGCUAGGUAUGAGGCCAGUUAAACAACACAAUCAACUGUUGUUCUCAGUAUGCAGUUCUGUGUCCUAAAGCUGACUAUCCAAUACUGCACAUAAAUGCUCCCUUGUGUGCUCCCCUCCAUAAAUAGCAUCCUCUGAAAUCAUAGAAUGGCCUGGGUUGAAAAGGACCACAAUGAUCAUCUAGUUUCAACCCCCACACUUGUGUGCAGGGUUACCAGCCAUUAGACCAGGCUGCCCAGAGUCACAUCAGCUCUCAAAUGCCAUACUUGAUAGUUCACUUGAGAGAUAACAGUGGGUCUGUUACAACACAGGCGUAAAACCUGUAUGUUUGCCACCAGAUUCUCAACUGGUGAUCAUGUUACUUCAUACCUUCACGGAAUCUAAUAUUUGCUCUUGCCGUGGACAAAAUAAAUGUAAAAGAAUGCAUUUACUACUGCUCCAAAACCCAGAGAAAUGACAAAUACAGUGCUUUGAGUAAGACAUUUCCUUCUUAGCAAAAAACCCAAGCAGUUACUCAAAACUGUCUGCAGUGAUAAAUAGAAGUCAGCAGGCGCCUUUGUUUCCUUUCACAGGAACAUGGAAAAUGUUGCUUAUCGCCAGGGAGGCCUUCCUCACAACCAUCAUUCUGUAGUACUGACAGUGCUAGUCCCUUGCAUGAGUUUUGUAAUUACAACAAACAAAUAAGCUAUUCUUGGUAGCUACUCAUGCAUGUAUGUUUUUCAGAGAUAAUUAUGAACCAUGAUUUACAGCAGACUGAGGCCAUGGGAACUACUAUAAGAAGAAAGUAGAGAUAAAUUCAGAGAAAGGAAGACAAAGGACACAAAGAUAAACAAAAAGGACAGAAUUAUCUGCUUUCUGGAGGAGAUUCCUUUUUGUGGCAGAAAAACAAGUGCUGGAAAGAUGAACUAAACAGGUUUAGUACAAGUCCGUGACACUUCUCCAUGCUUCAGAGAGACAGGAUUGAUCAGAUUGAAGGCUAGCUCUGCAGGGAUGUAUUUAUAGCAUGGACAGUGCCAGAAACCAUCGCUGGACUUCUCUAGGUUUGGCAGAAUCAAAGCCACAGUUAAAUAAAUCCUCUUGUUUUGCUGGCUUGAUGUGAAUAAUACAUACGAAGCCUGCUGGGUAUAUAUUUUUAUUGGGAAUUACAUUAUGUAGCAGCUUUUUGGAUUUGUGUGUGUUGUUCAGUAUUCAGUAAGAGCUCUCAAAAUACCUCUUAACAACACUUUACCCUAAAUAAACACUUCACUCUGUUCCUUACAUAA